UCCGCCAUGGCCUCCAUCCCCGGCUUUGGCAUGAUGGCUCUCCUGUCUUCUUGGGCCUGCAUUCUAAUUGGCUGCUUUUCUGUUUCUUUAGGAGAAGAAGCAGCCAGUCUCUCAGCUCUGUAUCCCCCACUAUGGGACCGGAGUCCUGGUCAGUUCAGUGAGUACAGGAUGGAGAAUGGAAAGUACAUUAUUAAUCCCUGGAUAUAUCCUGAGAGAAUGGGGAUGUAUAAAAUGUUACUGACCCAGACAGCCAGGUAUUUUGAAAAAUUUGCACCAGAAAAUGAAAAAAAUAUAUUGUGGGGAUUGGCUCUGCAGCAUGGCUGGCAAUAUAGUACAGGUCGAUUAGCUGACCCCAGCCAGAGGACAGACUGUGGCUAUGAAUCUGGAGAUCCAUUGUGCAUCUCUGUGGACAGUUGGUGGGCUGACAUAAAUUACUUCCUCUGUGCAUUACCCUUCCUUGCUGCGGUUGAUUCUGGCAUAAUGGGGAUAUCAUCAGACCAAGUCAUACUCUUGCCACCACCCAAGGAUCAGAUGAAGUUUUGUGUUAAUGUUUCUACUUGUCAGUCAUCCUUUCCUACAGUAAUGAGAAAGUGGAAUACCUUCUACAAGCACGUGCAGUCACCUUAUAGUAGCUUCGAGGACCUGCUGAGGUACUUAUGGGAUGCACACACCAAAACCUUGCAUGAUGUUCUCAAACCAUUUGAGCACAGGUUGGUAUAUUAUUCUAAAGCAGAAGCAGAUUUUGAAAGAAUAUGGUCUGUUUGUGUGGAGUAUAUAGCUGCAUUACAGGUACCUACAACCUUGAUCAAAAUGCAUGAAUUACAGAAGGGUCUGCCCCCCCGGAUGCUUGUGAAUGGGGACAGCGCCCCCUUCAUCAGUGACUUUAGUGAACGUCAAAACAUGUUUCUGUUUGGUCUAAGUCUCAUUCGAGAUGUGAAUAGCUGGACAGGUUCAUUAUCUUUAACAAUAUGGAAAAUUUUAAUGAAGACACAAAUUGCAAGACAGCAAGCUCUAGAGUUUUUAGAAAUGAUUCUUGAAAAGUUUAAUCCAACACUUCCGGAGUAAUGAAUGAGUUAAUAGUAGACAUUUUUAAUUUGUUGGACACAGCAAUUUCAAAUUUUAACUGUAUCAUAAGCAUGCAGUUUCUUCUUUCUGUUGUUUUAGAUUUACAUUCAUUUGUUAGGAUUUUGAACAUGUAUUAGUAAUAAUAAAUUCAAAUUUUGUUCUGAUUAUUUUGCUCAAUUAAUAAUUAAUAAUUCUUGAUUUUUCCAUUCAUCAAUAUAUAAUUUUGAACAUCUAAAGAAGUUUGUAUUAAGCUAUUAUAAAUCCUUGAUAAAAUAAUAAAGACACUAAACCUGCAA